AUGGCGUGGCCAUGGCUGUCCUGCCUACUGCUUCCUGCCCUUGUCGUGUCUGUGACAGCCAAUGUGGCUCCCAUGUUCCUGCCCAACAUGACGUCAGUGGCCCUGCCUGAGGACCUGCCUGUGGGUGCUGAGGCCUUCUGGUUGGCAGCCAAGGACCUGGACGGGGACCCUCUGACCUAUGGGAUUAGUGGCCCCAACUCCUUCUUCUUCACUGUCACCCCAUCCACUGGGGAGGUGAAGCUGGCCAGCCCUCUGGACUACGAGACGCUCUUCUGGUUCACAGUUACCAUCUCCGUGAGCGACGUCUAUAUUCAAAUGGUGCGGAAGGACUUUCAGGUGAUCGUGGAGGAUAGAAAUGACAACGCACCUGUUUUCCAGAACACCAGUUUCUCCACAGACAUCAGCGAGACCCUGCCAGUUGGCUCUCUGGUGUUCUCAGUGCUGGCCACGGACAAAGACACAGGGUCUGCGGGUGUUGUGCGAUACUUCAUAGAGGAGGUCAUCCCGAGCACUGAGGACAGCAGGGACCUCUUCAGAAUCCUGUCCAACGGCUCCAUCAUUCUCAAUGGCAGCCUCAGCUACAACAACAAGAGUGCCUUCUACCAGCUGAAGCUGAUGGCCUGUGACUCAGGCGGCAUAUACCACAACAACUUCAUCAUCCAGUGUUCCUCACCUGUCUUCCUGUCCAUCUCUGUGAUCGACCAGCCGGACCUGGACCCCCAGUUUGUCAGGGAGUUUUACUCGGCCUCCGUGGCUGAGGACGCACCCCAGGGAACCUCAGUGCUGAAGGUGGAGGCCGUGGACAGAGACAAAGGCAUCAAUGACCGGGUGACCUACGUCAUCUCCAAUUCCACAAGGCCUGGCUGGUUUGACAUCGGGCCAGAUGGGGUGAUCAGGGUCAGCGGUUCCCUGGACCGUGAGCAGCUGUUGGAGGAGGAUGAGGAGGUGCAGGUACAGGUCACGGCCACAGAGGUGCACCUCAACAUCUAUGGGCAGAAGGCCAAGGUGAGCAUAUGGGUCACGCUGAGGGUGACAGAUGUCAAUGACCACAAGCCUGAGUUUUUCAACUGCAGUCUCCCGACCUGCACCUUCACCCCUGAAGAAGCCCAAGUCAACUUCAUUGGCUCUGUGGACGAGCACUCCGCCACCCGCAUCCCCAUCGAUGACCUCACCAUGGUGGUUUACGACCCAGACAAGGGUAGCAAUGGCACCUUCCUGCUGUCCCUGGGGGGCCCUGAUGCCACAGCCUUCAGUGUCUCCCCUGAGAAGGCAGCGGGCUCAGCCGACGUGCAGGUGCUGGUGAGGGACCCGUCACUGGUGGACUACGAGAAGCAGACGGUGAUGCUGGUGCAGGUUGUGGCCAUUGACUCCGUCAGUAGGAACUCCUCCGUCGCCUUGGUGACCAUCCACCUUAGAGACAUUAAUGACCAUAGGCCCACAUUCCCUGAGAGCCACUACAACCUCAGUAUCUUCGAGCACAGUCCGGUGGGCUCUGUGGUAACCGACAGUAUUCAUGCCUUUGACCCAGACACGGGUGAGGGGGGCCGCAUCACCUACAGCCUGCUUUCAGGGAAUGGGGCAGAUAUCUUUGAGGUGGAUCCAGACUCAGGGACGGUGACAGUGAAAAACAGCAAGCUGCUGGACCGGGAGAAGCAGGCGGUGUACUACCUCACGCUGCAGGCCACCGAUGGCGGGAACCUGUCGUCCUCCACCACGCUGCAGAUCCACCUGCUGGACAUCAAUGACAACAGGCCAGUGGUCACCGGCUCCUACAACCUCUUUGUCCAGGAGGAGAAGGGCAAUGUCUCCAUAACCAUCCAGGCUCACGAUGAGGACCAGCCAGGCACCAACAACAGCCGCCUGUACUUCAGCCUGCUACCCAGUCCCUACAGCCACAACUUCUCGGUGGACCCUGACACGGGGCUUCUGAGAAACCUGGGGCCCCUGGACAGAGAGGCCAUCGACCCCGCCCUGGAGGGCCGAAUUGUGCUGACUGUGCGUGUGGCUGACUGUGGCGUGCCUGUCCUCAGCACUGAGGUCAAUGUCACCAUCACUGUGGAGGACAUCAAUGAUAAUUUGCCCAUCUUCAACCAGUCCAACUACAUCUUCCCGGUGAAGGAGAGGGACCCAGGAGUGCUGGUGGGCGUAGUGCUGGCCUGGGAUGCAGACCAGACGGAAGCCAACAACCGCAUCAGCUUCAGCCUGUCAGGGAGCGGUGCCAACAACUUCAUACUCCGAGGCUCAGUGCUGGGGUCUGGGCGGGCUGAGGGCCGCCUCUGGCUGCCCUCAGACGUGAGCCUGGACUACGAGACCGUGGCCUCCUACAAUCUGACAGUGAGUGCCGAGAACCCGGACCCGCAGGGGGCGGAGGCCACGGCAGGAAUCUUCGUGCCUGUGGAGGACGUGAACGAUGAGCCACCUACCCUGAGCUCAGCCUCGCUCCGGGGCAUCCGUGUGGCUGAGAACGGCUCGCAGCACGGCCAGGUGGCUGAGGUGGUCGCCCGGGAUGUGGAUACCGAAGCCCAGCUGGAGGUGCAGCUUGUGAACGUCAUCUGUACCAAGGCCGGGGUGGACGUGGGCAGCCUGUGCCGCGGCUGGUUCUCUGUGCUGGCCAACGGCUCUGUGCUCAUCAAUCAGAGCGAGGCCAUCGACUACGAGACCUGUGACCUGGUCACGCUGGUCGUGCGGGCCUAUGACCUCACAACGGACCCCCGCUUCCAGGCCUACAGUGACAAUGGAAGCCUCCCCAUCACCAUCGAGGACAUAAAUGACAACGCACCCUAUUUUCUGCCGGAGAAUCAGACUUUUGUGAUCGUCCCAGAAGUUGUGAUACCCAACCAGCAGGUGGCGUCUGUCCGGGCCAGAGACAAUGACUCAGGGAGCAACGGGGCCAUCGUGUUCUCCAUCCUCCAAGUGGAUUUCAUCACUAAGGACGGGGCCGUGAUCCCUUUCCAGGGCUUCUUCAGCGUCUCCACCUCUCCAGAGGCUGAUGUGUUCAUUGGCCACAUUGCGCUGGUGACUAGCCUUGAUGCCACUCUCCAAGGCACCUACCAAGUGACAGUCCAGGCCCAGGACAAACCUUCAGUGGGUCCUGCCCUGGAAGCCAACAUCACCCUGAAUCUCUUCACUGUGGAUCAGAGUUACCGUGUGAGGUUGCAGUUCUCCACGAGCAAGGAGGAGGUGGGCGCCAACACGAACAAGAUUAAGGAUGCUCUGGCCCAGGCGACCAGGACUACUGUCUACAUUGUGGACAUUAAGGACAUAGAGUCCACAGCUCGGGACCGAGGCCGUUCCUACCUCGAUGCCUACUUUGUCUUCUCGAAUGGGUCGGCCCUGACACUUGAUGAGCUGAGUGUGAUGAUCCGGGAAGACCAGGAUGCACUGACACAGCUGCUGCAGCUGGGGCUGGUGGUGCUGGGCUCCCAGGGUAGUCCGACGUCAGAUGUGUCGAAGAUGCUCAGUAGCGUCAUCAUAGGAUUGGGAGUGGCUUUGCUGCUGGUCAUUGUGAUCAUGACCAUGGCCCUCAUGUGUGUCCGAAAGAGCUACCGCCGGAAGCUUCGGGCCAUAAAGGCUGCCAAGGAGGCCCGGAAAACAGCAGCAGGGGUGAUGCCCUCAACCUCUGCCAUCCCUGGGACGAACAUGUACACUGCUGAUCGAGCCAAUCCCAUGCUGAACCUCCCCACCAAGGACCUGGGCUUUGAGUCCCAAUCUUCCUCCAGUGACCUGGACCAUCUCAGCCUCAACUCCCUGGAUGACAACUCUGUGGACCUGGAAAAGAACAAACAGGAAAUCAAGGAGCCCCGACAGAGUCCGAUGGAGCCGGACGCAGAGCCCCUGAGCGUGGUGCUAUCAGGAAGGACGGCGGGCACAGGUGGACAGCAGCAGGGGUUGUCCUUCACCAAUGCUGGCCUGGACACCACAGACCUGUGAUGGGGCCCUGCCACAGGGCCCUGCAUGGGCCCCUCUCCUGGUCUACCUCGGAAGAGAUUCUGUUUUCCCCCAACGAUACCUACUGUCCCUGCAUAUAAUAAUACACUAGU